UUCGUCGAGAUCACUUCGAUCGCUUCGUUACGAUCCAAUCCAGAUUCAAGUUAGAUCCUUUGAAACCCAAAUAGGUCUCAGUUUAAUGAAUCGGGAACCCAGUUCCGGAAAGUGCCAAAAGUGAAAAAAAAUUCGGUGGAAAAUUUGUGUUAAAAGAAAAGUGACGAAUGAAAAUUCAGUUAAAAUAAUCUUAUCGCGUUCAGUAUUCUAAUCACACAAAGUGUAAACUAAAGAAAAAUUAUUUUAUCUGCUGGAAAAACAAUUUUAAAAUGAAUCUCCUAAUUGUGUUGGCGAUAAUCGCCAUCUCCUUCAAGGAGACGACAAAUGCAUAUGCCAGUUUUCCGUUUCGCAUAAAUAAUAUUGAUCUUGACGUGGGGAAUUCGACCUUGCCCAGGACCACAUCUCAUCCGAACUCGUAUCGUCCUCUCCUCCGAUUCUCCCUCCCCCCGAGCGAAUCAUACCAGUUGGACAAGGAGCACCACGAGUACAAGGAGGAAGACACAGACUGGGAGGAUUUUCACAAGCGCGUGCCACGUGAUCACACUCGUAGUUCCAAUGCCCCCAGGCUGGGUGACGAUAAUCACCUGCAAUUCACAGAUGCCGACGAUGGGAACAGUCAAUCGCAUCAGAUGGGCAGUUAUGCGGAGGCUAAGCAACCGGGACCUUCGAGAAUGUAUAAUAAGACUGAGCAUGCGCGCCUCCUUCGAUUGGCCGGAAUUCACCAGAGGUUCAUGGCAACCGAGGGCGUCUGCCGGGUGCCAAAGCCGGAGGUGGUCUACUUCUCGAGGAACACCAACACGAUCUACUCCCCGCGGGCCACGAUUCUCCAUCGGUGCAGGGAUACGUACGGAUGCUGUGCGUCGGGAUUCACCUGCCAGGCGAAGUCAAACGAAACGGUGGAGCGGGUGUUCAUCAUCAAGAUCGGCUACAAUUCCUGGCCUGAAAUCAAGACAAUGGAAAAUCAUACGGAGUGCGAAUGCGUGAAGGUGGAAAUGCGCCGCAAGCGGAGCCCCAUCUGCCAAUGCCCCAAGCACUUCAUCAACUUCAGCCUGCCGGGAACCUAUCCGGAGGCGAGGGCGGAGGAGGAGGACCAGGUGACGGAUCCGUGGGAGCGAAAGGAGCGAAAGGAGCGGAAGGAGCAGCGCUGCAGAUGCGACUGCCACCUAAGCGACAACACGUGCAAGAGCCUGAAGAACGGAGUGGAGGGAUUCUCGGUGAUGGAGCGACGUCGCAUACAAAAUGGAGAAAUCAGUCCGCCCUUCUGCAAUUACGGCCCGUAUGAUGUGAAAAAGGGUCGUUGUCCGGGAUUUCAAAAUCCGAACUUAAGUCUGCAACAAAAGUUCCAGUCGAGGCGCCAGCAUGGCAAGAGUUAAACCAAAAUCCCCAAUCAAAACAAUCAAUCCAGAACUGUGCAUAAACUAAAAACUAAUUAUACAAUACUACUAUUUAAACAUACACAUGAGCCAUUGAACGAAAUGAAUCUAGGACUGAUCCUUCGGUUGACGGAAAGACUAUCCUAAUGAUAGUCAGGUUUACUAAAUGCAUUUUAUGGGAACUUCCAUAUGCUUAGUCGUUAGUGAUACGAGCUAUAAUAUUUAAAGAUUAAUUUUCCCAAUUAUGAACCCCAUCUGAAAUGUAUAUUUUGGGCUUCUGAAAUACAAAAUCCAUUUAAAAUAAUAAUUCUACAGCUGUAGUCUUCAAAUGUAAUUUAUAGUAAUUAAUGCUGAGAGUAAGAUGCCAGUGAAAUCAGCGAAGUUAAAAAUCCAUAAAAUAGAGUCCCAGUUCCGAUCAGAAGAAGUAUUGUCAAACAACAUUCGAGUGUACUUAAGUUAAAGUCGACUAAGUUCAUCUAAGCUACUUAUGUAAUAUAUUUGUAUACAAUUAAACGAUACUUCUAGUCACA